UUCAGCUGCUGAAACAACACCGAUAACUUCAAAAUGAACUCCUUCGUCCUUGUUGCUCUUUUCGCCGUAUUUGCUGCUGCUAACGCAGGAGUACUACCAGCCACCUCUUUGGUAACUGGUUAUGCUGCCGCUCCAGUAGUUUCAGCUUAUUCUGCUCCUCUAGUAGGCGCUGGAUUAGUCGGUGAACAAACAGUAGUAGCAGGACCAUCAGGAACCAUCGCAACAGGAAAGACCUUUGGCGCCCCCGCCGUUGCAGCAUACGCCGCUCCCGCUGUAGCUGCCUACAGCGCUCCUGCUGUCGCCGCAUACGGCGCUCCCCUAGUGUCCUCCUAUGCCGCUCCCGGUCUUGUAGCCCGCACCAUCUGGUAGAAGUUGUAGCCGAAUUUUGACUGAUUUUUUAGGAAAAUAAAUUAUUAAAUAGUAAAUUAAA